UCCUUACUUUCAUCCAUACGUUUUCCCAAUCAAAACCCAUUCCUCAUCUAGAAAAUCACAUGCAAUUUUUCAAUCAAAAUCACAUACCCUAAAGUCACACGCCACAAAAGUCUUACACUCCAACAAAAAAAACCUUGUCUCUCUUUCCCUAUUGUGUGCUUUCUUACCUUAAAUAAUGAGAAACACCCUUCACUAGAUAAUCUCUGCAAUGAUCACAACACUUACACUUCUACUAAUCCUUCUGGUUUUAGCAUCAUCAUCAUCAAUUUUUCUUCCCAAAAUCACUGCCCAAGUGAACCACCGUGAGUGCCACCGAACAUGCGGUUCAGCAAAACCGUUCCCUUACCCGUUCGGCUUCUCCUCCGGCUGCGAAAUCCGCCUCAACUGCACCCCCGACGGCGGAGUCUUCAUCGGAGAAUUCCCCGUCAAAUCGGUGAACGCAGACAGCAUAAUCAUGACCAUAGAAGCGCAGUGCAACCGCCCCUUUGCUAGCUUCUACCAACUCUUCAGCCACAAAUACGCACCCACUUCAGGAAACGUGAUUCUCCUGCAGAAUUGCACGGUGACGCUCUUGCCCUGUUCCAUACCGGAGACUCUGCUUCAGGCUCAUCUACAAUCUGAUGAAGGUUGUAGCGGCGGCGGAAACUUGAGCUGCUACUUCGAGAACAGCACGACGGGUUUCGUUAGUGAUGGAAUAUUGGAACGAAUCGGGUGCGAGUAUUUUGCGUCGUCGAUUUCGUCGGAGAAUUUGAGAAAUGUUUCCGGUGAGGCGGUGUCGUUGGAGGUUGGUGAAAUUGAGCUUGGGUGGUGGCUUCAUGGAGAUCAAUGUCUGUGUUCUGAUCAUGCCAAUUGUACCCAAAUUUUGUCGCCGCGUGAUAGAAAACCAGGGUUCCGGUGUCGCUGCCAUGAAGGGUUCGUCGGAGAUGGGUUUUUGGCCGGAGCAGGCUGCCGGAAAGCCUCAUCAUCAACAUGCACCCCAGCAAAGUACCUGUCUGGUCGAUGUGGAGGAACAGCAAGAUUGGUUGUCUUAAUUGGAGCCUUUGUUGGUGGUGCUUCACUCAUGGUUACUCUAGUCUCACUAUGUUGCUUCUUCCGCCGCCGCACCAAGUUAAGGAUCACAAAGAGCACAAAACGGCGCUUCACCGAAGCCACGGGCAAUUACAGCGUCCCAAUCUAUCCCUACAAAGACAUUGAAAAAGCCACCAACAGUUUCUCAGAGAAACAGAGGCUUGGAACAGGGGCAUACGGCACCGUCUACGCCGGAAAGCUUCACAGCGAUGAAUGGGUUGCCAUCAAAAGAAUCAAACACAGAGACAACGAGAGCAUUGAGCAAGUCAUGAACGAGAUCAAGCUUCUUUCCUCAGUAAGCCACAGCAAUUUGGUUCGCUUGUUAGGUUGCUCCAUUGAUUAUGCAGAACAAGAACAAAUCCUUGUCUACGAGUUCAUGCCAAAUGGAACAUUAAGUCAGCAUUUGCAAAGAGAAAGAGGGAACGGGCUUCAAUGGGAAAUUCGACUCAGAAUUGCAACAGAAACAGCACAAGCCAUAGCUUAUCUUCAUUCAACAAACCCUCCAAUUUUCCACAGAGAUAUUAAAUCAAGCAACAUACUGUUGGACCAGAAUUUCAGGUCUAAGGUUGCUGAUUUUGGGCUUUCUAGACUUGGAAUGACAGAGACAGAAACAAUCAUGUCUCACAUUUCAACUGCACCACAGGGAACCCCUGGUUAUGUUGAUCCACAAUACCACCAAGAUUUUCAGCUUUCUGAUAGGAGUGAUGUUUACAGUUUUGGUGUUGUUCUUGUUGAGAUGAUAACAGGGCUAAGAGCUGUGGACUUUUCUCGUCCUCAGAAUGAGGUGAAUCUGGCUUCUCUUGCUGUGGACAGGAUCAGAAAAGGGGUUUUGUGUGAGAUCAUUGACCCGUUAAUCCUUGAAUCUGAAUCAAGCAAUGAUGAAAAUGAAAGCACAGUUUGUUCUAUACACAAGGUUGCUGAGGUUGCAUUCAGGUGCCUUGCGUUUCACAGGGAUAUGAGGCCUUCCAUGGCGGAAGUUGCUAGUGAGUUAGAGCAGGUGAGGUUGAUGACAGGUUUUGGAGAAAACAUUAACAAUUGUAGAGGUUCAUCGGAAUUGUGUUCUGGUUCUUGUUCCUCUAGUGAAAGUGAGAAGCCACUGAGUGCAGCAGUGAAGAAGGUUGAGCCAAAGGGUGAAUGUUAUCUUCAGGUGCAAAGUGGAAGAACCGUUGCUUUGAAGUUGAUGGAAAGAGCUGAUAGUAGCUCGCCGGUGUCGGUUCAGGACCCGGAUCCAUGGUUGAGUGAACAGAGCUCUGCUUCGACGAGUAGUUUUCCCAGCAAGUCAUUUGAUUGAGCUAACUCUAUGUCUCUCUGUUUCAUUCAUCAAAUAGUUUGCUGUUUUUAAUUAAUCAUGUCCAAUGGCUGCAAACCAAGCCUAAGGUACAAGAGAAUAUAUAGGAUUUUUUGUGUGUAAGGUGGCUAUUUACAUAUAGAAAUGGAAUUUAAUCAGAAA